AGUAAAUAUUCGCUGCUCCUCUAUGGUAUUGCUCUACGUCACAUCUUUGGAUGUUUCCGUGGAUGGAAUGUAAAUAAAUGGGCGUACUUGUAGGUGAGAAGUGCCGUCAACAGCCAAUCAGCUGUUUAUGACAUUCAAAAUCAGAUGAUUUAUCAAUCACAUAAGAGAAAACAAUGGUGAAUAAAAGCAUAAAAGUGGUAAUUUGUGGAGAAAAAAACUCUGGUAAAACCUGUCUGCUCUUACAGGCUAUUUACAAUAUUAACGCUGUAGGAAAAGACGGUAAGAUGUUUCUGCCAACAAUAGAAGAUAGCUUUUGGGCUGAAGUGGAAAUUGAAAAUGAGAGAAAAGUUCGUGUUCGAUUUUUUGACACUCAAGGAGUAACUAACGAAAAUAUAUCGCUACCUAAAUUUCUGUAUUCGAUCGCCGAUGCUUACCUACUUGUUUAUGACGUCACUACGCCAAGUUCCUACGAAUUAAUGAAAAAGCUACGAAACGAUAUAGAUAGUAAAAAAGAGAAACGAGACGCCCCAUUGGUGACGCUAGGUACAAAAUGCGAUAUACAAAACGCCAGAAAAGUACAAUUUCACGAGGCUCAAAAAUGGGCUAGCGAAGAGAAAGUUCGAUUAUUCGAAGUUUCGGCCGUCGAAAAGUCUAGCCUUAUAGAUCCUAUCUGCACAGUAGUAUCCAAAGCAACCCAAUUACCGGUGAAGUCAUCAACAUUUUCCCUACCAGCAUCACUAAAAAAACCUAGAUGA